AGGGGAAUCACUUCGAUCAGUAUGAAGAAGGACAUCUGGAGAUUGAACAGGCAUCCUUGGACAAGCCCAUAGAAUCGCCCAGUUUUUAAAGUCAGGACAACAUUGGACAUCGUUUGCUUCAGAAGCAUGGGUGGAAGCUUGGCCAAGGACUGGGAAAGUCUCUUCAGGCAUUUUGAUCGUGGAGAUGUUGUGGUGAUGGUAAACUUAGCAGUGGAAGGACAGAUCCUAUUCCUAUUAUCGUCAAGUAUGAUGUCAUGGGUAUGGGUCGGAUGGAAAUGGAGCUUGAUUAUGCAGAUGAUGCAACAGAACGACGCCGUGUUAUGGAAGUGGAGAAACAGGAUACUGAAGAACUCAGGCAAAAAUAUAAGGACUAUGCUGAAAAAGAAAAGGCAAUUGCAAAAGCUUUAGAAGAUCUGAGAGCGAAUUUUUACUGUGAAUUGUGUGAUAAGCAGUACCAAAAACAUCAUGAGUUUGACAACCAUAUCAACUCUUAUGACCAUGCUCAUAAGCAGAGAUUAAAAGACCUAAAACAGAGAGAAUUUGCUCGUAAUGUUGCAUCGAGAUCUCGAAAAGAUGAGAAAAAGCAGGAGAGAGCACUUCGGCGUCUCCAUGAGCUGGCAGAGCAGCGUAAACAACAGGAAUGUGCCCCAGGAAGUGGCCCAAUGUUUAAAACUACAACUGUGGCUGUUGACGAAGAUGGUAACGACAGAAAAGUUGUCAGCGCAAGUGAUAAUACUGGAGGAAAGACAAGUGGUCCCACAUCGCCUUCUGUUAACCAGACCGUGUCUGACAACACACUGGAAGAUAGCAGAGGAGAGACUGACAACACAAGCCAUUGUGUUACUGGAAGCUCUGCAGGAUUGGGUCAAAACAACCAGCCAGUGCAACCUUUUAACAUCAGUCAGCUUAAGAGCAAUUCUGCCAUUCCCUUACAGAAGCUAGGAGUGUCAUUUUCUUUUGCAAAAAAGGCACCAGUCAAGCUUGACGUUUCAGCUUCAGUAUUCAGUGAUGUUGCAGAAGAGCCCAAUGAAUCUGAAGCAACAAACCCAGAUGAAAAAAUGUCUUCUGGUCAAGGGUCACCAAAAUCAAUGGAGGCUGAAACGGCAGCAAUCUCUGAUAAGACUGAAGGGGCUAGUCAAUCAGAAAGUGAUAAUGACUCUAUAAAUAGUACACUAUCAAAAUUGAAAAAGAUGAUGAAGAAAGAAGAUGAUGUCUGUCAGUCGGAACCAGAGUAUUAUCAUUACAUUCCUCCUGCACAUUGUAAAGUGAAACCCAACUUUCCAUUUCUGUUGUUUAUGAAAGCAACAGAAGAGUCGCAUAAGUGUGGUAACAAGAAAAGCUUAGAGACCACGAAAAGUAACCCUGAUUUACAAAAUACCUUAAAGUUUCAGGAAAGCAAAGAAGGAGAACACACGGAAAAUGAGAUGCCAGCUUUGCAGCAGAACAGUGACACUGCAGAUGGUGCAACAGACCCAGACUUCAAAGAAGCUAAGUCUCCUGAGACUGUGAGCAAGCAGAACUGUAACACCACAACGUUAAAACCUAUUGCUUGUGAAGAAGGAAAACAAAGCAGUUUAGCAAAUGAAGAAGUCCUCAAUGGGCCUAAACAACCAACUGGGCCAUUUUUCCCAGUGUUGGGCAAAGAUGAAAGUACUACUCUUCAGUGGCCCUCAGAAUUAUUGAUGAUUACGAAGAGUGAACCAUGCAUCUCUUAUAGUUGCAAUCCACUCUACUUUGAAUUCAAACUGACUAGGAAUAGGGAUACCAAAGGAAAAAAUAAAGAGAGAUACCAUGAGAAUUCACAUGAACAAAAUGCACAGAAUAUGGAUCAGGAUUCACAGGAGAAGACUAACAUAAACACCAGUAAUGCUACAUCAAAGACUAGCUUAAACACAGUAGGAAGCGAGGGUGACGUGAAGCCUCAAGAACAGUCUAUCCCGACAGCAAGCAAAUGUGAAGCCCAAGUUGGUGAAAGUGACAGAAGCACCAAUAAAAAAGACAAGAGCAUGAAAUCACAUAAGCAUAAAAAGAAAAAGAAGCACAAAAAAUCAGGAAAACAUUUGAAGGAGAAAACUACAGAGGAAAAGGAAAAGCAAAAGGAUGGUGAAACGCGUGAUGAGACGUCAAAAAAAAGGAAAAAGCGUAAACGCAAAAAUAAAAGCUUAGAUGAGAAAAGCAAAGACGCUGGUUUAGAGCUUUCUGUUCCAAUGCCUGCAAUUAAGUCUACAGAGGAAAGCAGCCUCACACAGAAGAAAAGGCACAGAUCACAAGAUUGCCAGUAUUCAGCUGCGACUGUUGAAGAUGGUAGUAGAAAGGAAAACGUCUCUGAGGAACCCAUUAGUAAAAAACAGAAGACGGGUUCUUGUAGUGAGUUAAGGAAACGAAUAUCUGGUCGGAAAGAUAGCCGAAGCAGGCAUAGGAGCAGAGACAGCAGCCGAGAUGAAGAAUCUGAUAGCUAUGAUGAAUCUCAUAGAAAACGAUCCAGACACAAGUCAUCCUCUCGUUACAGUGAUGAUUAUGAUUCAAGAAGUGACAGAAGCUACUCGAGAAGAUCAAGAAGGCAUCAUUCAUCAUCCCAGCGGUCAUCGCGUAGGUCAUAUUCUUCCAGAUCUGAUGUAUCGUCAGACUGCAGUAGAUACAGUCGUAGAAGAAGCUAUUCUGACAGUUACAGUGACUACAGUGACAGAUCAGAUCACUCUAAACGAUCUCAUGAUUCAGAUUAUGACUAUAGAAGGUCAAGGCACCAUGGGAAAAAGCACAAAUAUUCUUCUUCGGAUGAUGACUAUAGACGAAGCAGAAGCAGAUCCAGAAGUAGCAGCAGGGAAAGUACUCGGACCAUCAGUAGAACACGCAGCCGAAGUCGAACUCGUAGCAGCAGUCAUAGCAGGAGCCGAAGCAAACGGCGCAGUCAAAGCACAACGCAACGAAGCUGGAAGCGGAGCCGAAGCUACAGCCGCAACCGCAGGGGCAGUACAAGGCACCGUACCUCCCGAAGAUCGAUUUCAAGGGACAAAGGAUCACAUAGCCAUGAUAGCUCUGGUGAUAGACGGUCCAGUCGAAGAAACUCUAGUCGAUCUUUUUCGCGAGAUAGGGUAUAUCGAUCAAAAUCUCCAUGUUACAGCCGAAGCAGAAUGUCGGGCAAGAAAGAUGACUACUCGAAAAAGGAAGAAAACAAAGGAGAUGGAACAAAAUCAGGUAGUUCUUUCCACAGGAAUCUCAGUGGCACCUCCACCAGUUCAGGAAAAGGGCACGUGGAAAGUGAGCGAACGCCGGAAGAGAGGAACUCCUUAACAGCUAAACAAUUGUUGGAAAAAAUUCAGUCUAAAAAGUUUGAAAAGAAAUCUGAAACAAUUAAUGAAACUGCAUCAACAUCUAAUAAAGUAGGAAUUAAAUUAAAAGAUCCCCCACAGGGUUAUUUUGGGCCUAAACUUCCCCCAGCUUUGGGCAAUAAGGCAUUGCUUCCUUUAAUAGGAAAACUACCGACAGUCAAAAAGCCUGCAACAAAGAAGUCGGAAGAUCUUUGCUCAGAGAAGGGGGACAAAGAAGAUGAGCUGUACCUUGCAGAGCCUAAAGAUGUGACAAAGGAGGAAGGCGGUCAGCUAUCAAAUUGGAUAACACAGGAAGAGAUUCAAAGCAGAGAAGAAAAAUCUGACGGUGAAGAAGCAUCAGGUGGAAGUGAGAAAAUCCAAACUAUUUCUUGUGAAACUCAGUUUGUUCAUAAAGGUUUUGUGCUUGACACUCAAGCCAUCUCAGAUACCUAUAUUUCUGAUGUAAGCACACCAACCGAAGUCAUCACAAAACCUUCAGAAUUAGGAGCACCAGAUGGUGAUGAGGCUGUUAUGAUGCAUUUUGCACCAGAUCCAGAGCCAUUCUCCAAUUAUAUUCCACAAACUGAAGUACAAGAAAUCGAAGAAGAUUCCCAAGAGGGUGCAGAUUCAUCAGUGGCUCCACUUGAUAGGCAGCCUAUAACAUUCACUCCUGAAGAAAUGGAGAAAUAUAGCAAACUACAACAGGCAGCUCAACAGCACAUCCAACAGCAACUUCUAGCUAAACAAGUGAAGACUUUCCCUACCUCAACUGCCAUUGCUCCUGCACCAACUCUCCAGCAAUUUCAUAUUCAGCAACCAUCGGCAGCUGCGACAGCAACAUCAAUCACUACUGUCCACCAUGCGAUAUUACAGCAUCAGGCAGCUGCGGCUGCUGCCAUGGGUAUCCAUCCACACGCCCAUCCGCAGACUCUUGCUCAAAUCCAUCACAUACCCCAGCCUCACCUAACCCCAAUUUCUCUGUCCCAUAUUACACCGUCUAUUUACCCUACUCAUCCUGCCACUUUUCUAACUAGCCACCCAAUACAUAUUAUACCUGCGUCAGCCCUCCACGCAGGACCUCUGGCCCUUCACCCAGUCCCACAUGCACUCUAUCCAGCUCUGUUUGCCCCGCGACCUGCAGGAGCAGGUGCUUCUGCUCUUCAUCUCCAUCCUUUCCUCCAUCCCAUCUUUUCGAGUCAGGAACUCCAGCAUCCUCCCAGUCAUGGCACUUGAAGCAAGCUGCAGGGAAUGAAAAUAAUGACAUUUGUCUUCAUUUCACUAAGAUAAGUCAAUUAACAGUCUGGUGCAAAAAUACUACAUUGAUGCAUUUCAGACUGAUUUUUUUUCCAACAGCCAAAGAGUUCAGGCUCAGGCCCAAGAAUAUGUUGCAUUUUCCGUGCUUGCAAUAUCAGGGAUUUCCAUUUACUUUAUAGAAACAAGUAUUAGAACUGAUUAUGUGGAUGUCCCAAAACUCAUAAGUGCUUUACUCAAAAAAGCAAUGUUAAAUAACUUAAUUAUUAAUGACAGAAUGCACCGAUAUUAUAUUCGUGGUUUGGCCUCUUUAUCCCAUUGCUAGCUCCCACCAUAACACAGAGAAAUAACAAUCCGUGUCAAUCUGCCUAAUUCUAUAGAAUCCUUGUAAUGUGUACAUUGAUAUGAUGGUGGAAGAAACUGUUGCUUGAUGCAAGGGUUCUAAUACAGGAUGUUGAAACUGAGGAUCCCAUAACUUCUGAUCAGUGGCUGCAAAACGUAACCAUAACGACUACACAUUGUGUACUGAUGUUCGUAAAUCGAAUGGCAUCUGUGGAGGUCCUACCUCAAUGUGGCAUGCCAAAGAAAUUUGGGCAAAUAAAGCUGAGGAGUCCGAAUGCGAUAGCUCUAACAGCUCAGCACUGCUGCAACAAAAGUUUGAAUUCUGAAUAAGAGAAUGCAGACUUUGGGGCCCUGAUGUAUUGAAACAAAAGUGCAGAGAAGCCUUAUUGUAAUUUCUCAAAUUUCAAACAUGUUUUAGUUAAACUAGCUUUGGUGUAGCAAUGGAAUUUGGAGAGAUGUCUAAAAUCUUUGCGAUAAAAUGUCUAUAAUCUUUGCGAUAAAACGUCUAUUCCCACUGCUGUUGUAAAGUACAACAGUCUUUGUAUAAGUUAUAGGUUAUAAUUUAAAAACUUGUGGAAAGAAUUGCACUGAACUCUGUACAGGUGAUGCUGCUUUUGUAGGUCCAUCCAAAACAAUGAUAUACAUGCAGAGUGCUGCAAUAAUAUUUUUAAAGGAUGAAUUCAUUUGGUUUUGUGGUACUGUUCUAACAUAGUGCUUUGUGUAAAUAUGUUUGUAGGUUAAGCAAUCCCUUGUAUAGGUAGGCAUCAUAAGUUUCUGUUUAUGGCAGAAAUUAAGCAUGUAUAUUUUACCAAAACCCAUGUAUUUUUUGAAGUUUUUAUGUACUGUAAAUGUAAAAUUUCUUGAAGUUUGUUUUAUUUUGUUUUUGCAUACACAAAGUAUUCAAUGUAAAAGCAACUCUGCAAAACAAAUGGUGCUUGGGAGAGUUUAGUGAAUCGUUAAGCUAAUGCAUACAGACACAGAGAACUGACAGCUGUGUAAAUUAUAAUUGAUUAAAUUAACCAAAUCACCAUGUUCAUCAUAAAAUUGACUUUAAAUAACUUAUGCCAUGAAAAACAUUGGUAAUACAAUCACCUCUCAUUGUAAACUGUAUUCCCAGCCCAAUUCAGACAGCUAUAUGAUUAUCAUCCCUGCUUAUUCUUUUAAGGUUGAAUAUACUUUACUAACUGCUUUGUCCUUAGUAGCCAGGUUUCACUUCGUGAUUCACCAAGGAUCAGGAGCUUUUCUGCCAGGGAUGCUUUUCCUACAGUUUCAACAUAUAUAAUGUCGUGAGUGUUUGGAUGCCUGAAAAGGAUUCAUCUCUUGAGAGUUAGUUAUACUGAUAACUGUGUAUAAAAACUUUGUUUACACAAUGAAAUCAAACCCAAUUUUUCAUCAAUAUGAUCCAUUUUAAUUUACUUACCAUUUUUCUGGUAAGUAUCUGGAGGGUUAAUUCUGCUUGAAUUUCGGAUUGUUAACUGUAUAUUCUGCCUUCCUUUCAAAAUGCUGAACAAAAUAAAUUGACUUUGGUAAAUUUCAAGUUCGAAAUUCCAAUUUGUCAAUAUAUGGAUGAAAAAUUAAUUGCAUUUGGAUGAGAUUGGCAGUUGUAGGGUGACUUCAGCCUUUUGAAUUUUCAUCCAGUAAAACAACUUUGUCUUUAGAAUUUUCAAAGUUGAUUACAAAGAAAUGAUAUUUGUCUAAAUAAUUGUAUUAAAUACAGUAAUAAAAAUGCAGUAUUAAAGACUCUGGUAUGUGCAAGAGUACUAGGAAAUUUGCAUAGCAAGAUCUAUACAUGGACUUGCUUGGAAUCAUUGCCAGUCUGAGAACAUUAUGGAGUUUGCAAGCCAUUAUAGGUAAACGCACUAAGAUUCAAGUCUUUGGAAAAAGGUCAACAUUUUUUUAAAGUGGGAAUGCCCUUUUCCUUUUGUAAAAUCUGCUUCCAAUCAUCCGUUUUAUAAAACAGUUUAUUUAGAUUUAUCUUUUCCUUAUUGUAGGCAUCAACCUUGUUUUUCUCUAAGAUCGUUUGCAAUUACUAUUUCAAUUUCUGAGCACAGAUGACAAAAGUCAAGUAAUGCUGUUGAGCUGACUAUUAAUCAUGAUAUAUACGUGUGUUUAAUAAGGACUACAUUUCUUUUGAUGACAUUUUCUCAUGUUGUCAGUUCUGUUUGAUCUUGAGCUUUUUGAUUCCAUUUGGGUAUCCUAAACACCCCGACACCUUACAAAGCAGCAGCAUCCAUCUGUUUUAAAAUCUGUUAUAUAACAAAACUAGAAAGAAAUGUAACUAGCUUAUUGCAUAUUUUAUUUAACUUUCUGUCACAAAAACAUGCAGAAUAUUACUGUACAAUAGAAGAAAACCUUUAUAACAAUAAAAUAUGGAUAAUUUGUGAA